GAAGAAAAAGAAGAAGUAGAAUUAGAGGAAGAGUCGGUAAACUUUUAAGUCCAGAGAUGGACUUUUGUUUUCGGUGUUUUUAACUGAUAAGGUCAGGCAAGAGAAGCAGAGGUCAAGGAAACAAAAGCACAAGAAAGCAAGCUGCCAGUACCAGUAACCCAAAGAGGCGUGAAAUGGAGGAGAAGGUGCAUACAAGUGGAAGGGGGAUUUCUGAAGAGGGAAGUAAGGACAAGAAAGAAGAGACUCCCAUACUACCUGCAGGUGACUUUUUCACCAAUUCCAUAGAGAAGAAAAUUGUGGACAUUAAGCAAGAGGACUGUGAAUGGGAAACUGCCUAUCAUCAGCAGCAGAGGCCCAAUGUUAAGGAGGACGAUUGUGAAUGGGAGAUUAUAGGUAUGAAGAAAGAGACUGACACACAAAACAAUAAAAUUAUGAGCCGUGUCAAGAAAGAAGACCUUAAAUCUGAGCAGGACUCACAGUAUAUCUUUUCAAAUGAAGAGGUGACUGGAUUAGGCUCUACUCCAAAGACGAGCCUCUCCCUGCAAGAUUAUUCAACCUUUGUGAAGUCAGAAUCAUUAGAGUCUGAUAGAAGGAAAAUGGAGGGAGCAUCAAGCUCUGAAAAUCCUCAGGAAGAUUUACAGCACAGUGUCUUCUCGUCUACAACUCCUGAGCACAAUCUUCGGCAUAGACCACAGCACACACUACACAAUGAAAACCUGAAGAUGUCAACAUCUGGAUCAGAGAGUUCCUCACUGGCCUCUUUGCAGUGCAGUUCCCCAACAGUUAAAAAACUAGUGAGUAUCGGUGACUUGAGCACUCAUCAGCAGGAGAAGAAUACAAAAUUGACAAUGUCCAGUUUCUGGAAGGAGAAUGGAACAAGUAUUAAAAACAAACCUAAGAUUAAAACUCGUACAAAAGCCCAACAGAAGCCACAUUGCUGUUUGGAAUGUGGGAAACAAUUCACUCACAGCAACAGUCUUCAGAGGCACACGAGAAUUCACACUGGAGAAAAGCCAUAUUGCUGUCGAGAAUGUGGCAAACGAUUCCUCAGGAAAAGCCAGCUUCUUAGCCACUCAAGAAUUCACACGGGUGAGAAGCCGUUUAGCUGUUCUGAAUGUGGCAAGCAGUUUUCCCAUAGCAGCACUCUUCAAUCACACAAAAGAUUUCACACUGGAGAAAAACCAUAUUGUUGUCCAGAAUGUAGCAAAAUAUUUUCUGAGAGCAGUAGCCUUAGGACCCACUUGAGAAUUCAUACUGGAGAAAAGCCAUAUUGCUGUUCUGAAUGUAGCAAACUAUUUUCUGAGAGUGGUAGCUUUCGAACCCACUUAAGAAUUCAUGCUGGAGACAAGCCAUUUUGCUGUCUUGAAUGUGACAAACAAUUCUCUGAUAGGAGCAGUCUUCGUAGCCAUUCAAGAAUUCACACUGGAGAGAAACCAUUUUGCUGUCCUGAAUGUGGCCAUUCAUUCGCUUCUAGUAGCAAUCUCCAGGCCCACAUCAGAAGACACACUGGGGAGAAACCUUAUUGCUGUUCUGAAUGUGGCAAACGAUUUACCCAUAGUAGUGCUUUACAAAAACACAAAAGAUUGCACACUGGAGAGAAGCCAUAUUGUUGUCCUAAAUGCAACAAACUAUUUUCUGACAAAAGUAACCUUCGGAUACACUUAAGAAUUCACACUGGGGAUAAGCCAAUUUCCUGUCCUGGAUGUGACAAACGAUUCUAUGACAGGAGCAGUCUUCGUAACCAUGCAAGAAUUCACACUGGAGAGAAACCAUUUUCCUGUCAAGGAUGUGGCAAACAAUUUUCUCAUCGUAGCUGUAUCCAGGCACACAUCAGAAGUCAUGCUGGAUGCAAUCCAAGAUAUACCAUAUGUGGAACAAAACAACAGAAAUAGUGUUAGUGUCUUGACUGAACUGUCAUGACUAAAGAAGGGGGUUCACUCCCAUCUUAAUAUAAAGCAAAACCAGAAAGUUUGGAGAAAUGAAUCCCGAGAGAAGCCAUACUGCUCUUCUGCAUACGGCAAACGAUUUAUCCAAAGUAGCAGCCUUCAAAUGCACCUUUGGACUUACGAGGGGCAGUCAAAACAUUCAUGGAAUGUGAUAUAGAGCUGCAGUGCCGCUAGCGUAUCUGAAGCUGAUUUUCCCCAUUUGCACAUGAACUUGACGUUAUCACGUUGUUCGAACUGCGACAUUGCGCUGAAUGACUAUGCACACAUCUGACUCAAAUGGUAAUUAAAACAAUACUACAUGAAGAAACCAAUCCAGACCUGUUGUAACUGGUCUACAGAUGUGCUGCGCUCCCCUCCACAACGAUGUGUGCGUAAUCUGAUCACUCACUCUCCCGCUAUAUCACAUUGCCGGGAACUUUUUGACUGCCCUUCGUAUACCAUAUGUGGCAAAUGAUUCCCCAGCAACAACCAAAUUGAGAGCUACAAAAAACCCACAAAUGAUUGAUGCCAAAUUGUUGUGAUGAUACAAACGCCCUGGCAAGGGUCCACUUCAGAAGUACAAAUUCAUGUUACAUGACCAAGCUGUGUGAGAGGAAGUUGCAAGGAAGAGAUGAGUCUCUUUCUAGUUUUGGUAGAAUACCAUGACAUGGAGGACCCUGUCCUAUUGAAAGUUUCACCUUGAUGGCAUGUGAUGUACACUGAAUUGAAUUAAACUGUAUAAAAGAUUUGUAUAGUGGCAUCUGCCUUUCAGGAUUAAAAGGUUGUCGGUGCCAGCACCAGUGCAACAGGAAUGGUUAAAAUGGCAUUAGCUAUGCAACAUUUCAGCCAAAGAAAAUAUCCCUGGUGGAUAUCAGUCCUGGCUGAGAUUCUUACUGGCACUACUGCAAAUGUAAAACAGUAGUGAAACAAUCUAAACAUUCAGUGAGGAGAAGAUACAGUCCAGUGGUUAACCAAAGAUUCGUACAAAAAGAGUUUGUGCAAAAAUGUACUUUACUUUUGUUAUUGAUAGUAAUUCUCUAAUUAAGAUAACUGAAGGGGUUUGAGUUUAAGAUCUUAAUUUGCAAUCGUUAAAGCAAAAGAAUGAGCAAUCCCGCAGCAGCACGUCCAUUUUCAUUUGACUUUGUCUUCAACUAGACUGAUGGCAGGUUGCGUCACUGUGCGUGUGUUCAGACUACCCAUAAACCAUUGCAAAUGUUUUGGAUUGCAUUGGCACUGAUCCUUAAAGUUGUAUAAACUACAAAAGAAAUAGGAUCAGCAGUGAGUGCAUAUCUGUAAUAAAGUAAAUCCUCAGGAGCUCCGGAACUAAAUUCAGCCUAUCAACCCGUAGUAAUCCUCUACUUCCCCACCAGCUUUACAGUUAACCAUUUAUUUGUCAAAGAAAAGAUUUACACAAACAACUCACUGAACAAGCAACUGCUGCAUGGGCCUUGACUGACAAAUGUACAUACCAAUGUGGCCUUAACAGAAGAUAAAUCUAAUUUGAAGAUAAAACUGGAAAGUUGCAAGCAACGUACAUCAGGAUACUGCACUUAAUAAAACAUGGAUGAAGUAUUAUUUAAUUUCAGUUGUCAAAGUUUCAAGAGGCAUAAUAAAAAUGCAGUUAAUAUAAAUAUAAUUAAAAUGUAACCAGUUUUUAAUGUAAAGAAAUGUGAUUUGAUUUUGUUGUCUCAGGGUAUGGACAAUGAUGUUGCAAUUUUAUAUUUUCUCAUUGUACUUGAAUUGUACAGUUACAUUUAAGUGUUAGAUGGAGACUCCAGCAUCCUUGAUCUUGUGUGAUCUUGUGGACUUUAAUGUCUUUCUGUUCGAUGGUCUCUUGUUUGAGCCCAUUGGCUGAAGUGACUCCUGCUUUCACUGCCUUGUUUUGAGAUACUUAGGUUUGUACUAUUUUUGUGUUUAUAGCUUUGUCUCUGCUUUGUAUUUUUAAGUUUGGAAACAGUUUU